AUGGAGAAUAUAGAUAUCACUUUGGGGAAGAAAGUUGAUCACAGUGGAAGAAAGCGAGGUCGACAGAGUGAAGAAGUACAUCAAUGGAGAAAGAAGUGCAUAUUCUUUGAAUUACCAUACUGUAAACAUCUCCUCUUGAGGAAUAAUCUCGAUGUUAUGCAUAUAGAGAAGAAUGUCUUGGAUAAUCUAUUGUUUACAUUACUUGAUGACAAAGGUAAAUCCAAAGAUAAUCUGAAUGCAAGAAAGGAUCUUCAAGAACUUGGGAUACGCUCUGAACUGUGGCCUGAUGUGAGUGGUAGAUUUCUUCCAGCGUGUUUCACAAUGACCAAUUGUGAAAAGGAUAGUUUUCUUAAAAUUUUGAAGAGUGUGAAGCUACCAUAUGGAUUUUCUUCGAACAUUUCUAGUUGUGUUGAUCUGAAUAACCGAAAAAUGGUGAAUUUAAAGAGUCAUGAUUGCCACAUCUUAAUGGGUCAGCUGUUAUCUGUUGCUAUACGUAAUGUCACAUUACCUCGAGAGGUAUCAUUUGUUGUAACUGAGUUGUGUCAUUUCUUUUGGGAAAUAUCCUCCAAAGUACUUGAUCUGAAUUAUCUCGAUAAGUUGCAAGAGCAUAUUGCUCUCACAUUGUGCCAUUUAGAGAUGGUGUUUCCUCCUUCUUUUUUCACGGUAAUGGUGCACUUGACCAUUCAUUUGACUGAAGAAGUUAAACUAGAAGGACCAAUUCAAUUUCAAUGGAUGUAUCCAGUCGAAAGGAUGCUUGGACAUCUCAAAACAUAUGUUAGAAACAGAGCAAAGCCUGAAGGUUCUAUAUGUGAGCAGUUCAUUGCAGAAGAGUGUUUAACUUUCAGCUCCAUGUAUCUUGAAGUGAUAGAGACAAGAUUUAAUCGUGUUGAGAGAGUGGAUGAUCGUGGAGAUCCAAUAGUUGAGCAUAGCUUAGGUUCAAAUUCACAGAUUCCUUUGAUUUUUCCUUCGGUUGGGAGAUUUGUUGGUGCUUCUACGAUGGAUACUCUUAGUUAUUUAGAGUGGCAGCAGGCACACCGAUAUAUCUUAUUCAAUUGUCCAUUCUUAGAUGAAUAUCGCGAGUAA